GACUGCAACACAGCAUGCGACACGACAGCAUGCAUACGGUGUAUGCCAUAUGCACGUGCUCGACCUCACUCGGAAAUUUAAAUCAUGUUUUAUAGAUACUGUAGCGCCAGCAAAUCUCGCGGGAAAGGUUGGGCUGCGCGCGCUGUUUAGCUACUGCAAGCUGCAUGAAUGCAUAUACCGGCGGUACGUAUAUGGCGCGCCAUAUACGUACCGUACACGCAGCUUGUUAAACUCUAGCUUGGGGUUAUUUAUAGUGCCACGUACAGUCGUUGCUUGUUGUCGAUUUGACUAUAAUCCCCCAUUUUUCAGAGUUUCGCCGAUAGGUUAAAGAAAUGGCAUUCGGAUUGUAUACGUUACUAGAGGCAGCGUUACUGUGCAUUAAUGCUAUUGCCAUACUCAAUGAAGAGAGAUUUCUAAGCAAAGUUGGAUGGGGAGGAGACCAGAGUGUUGGAGGUUUUGGAGAAGAGCCUGGAAUGAAAGCACAGAUCAUCAACCUCAUCAGAUCAAUACGUCUAGUCAUGAGAGUCCCAUUGAUCUUCCUAAAUGCAGCCACUAUAGUGAUAAAGCUACUCCUAGGAUAGCAUGAUCUCCAGUUCAAUUGUAGCAAAGAGACACGGACAUAAACUCAUGCAAUAAAGAACAAAAGUUCAAUUGAUUUCUCAAGAGUUUGGGAAAGAGAUCAAUCCAUGCUGCCAGCCUAGCAUCAGUCCAGUCAUUCUUCAAUUAUAUUGAUGAAACCAACAUCAAACUGACCAAGGAUGGAAUGGAUAUUGUCUUGAGAAGCUCUUAAUGGCUAAUAAGUUGGUCAGUCGGAGUUAGCAAGAUGUUAGUAUGCAACUGAGGAUAUCAAUGCCUGCACAGCAGGGUAUAGAAUCAGUUCUACUUCUAGAUACGAUGUGGGAUCAGAUCUGCGUUGAACAACAAGGGAACAUUUCAUGAAAGAUUUUCAGUGACAAGUGUUAUAAGCUACUGAAAUCCUUGCAUCUGAUUGGCUCAGUACAAAUUAGUCAAUUGCUCUUCAUGAUACUUUCCUCUGGUCUAUGAGAAGUGAGGUGAUUUUCUACUGUAAGGGAGGACAGUACUGAAGGUGCUUACACCCACUAGGUUGCAUCAUGGUCUGAACUAGAUCAAGUCAUCGGUAGAACAGGCCUUGGUGUGAAACUGCUACAAACCUUAAACUCCAUCCAUGGACUAGAGUUCGUAGUAUCUACAAUCAAUGUAUCUUUGGUAUAGAGAAUUGCUGGAGGAUUGCCUUGUGCCUAUGGUUUGCAACCUAACAAUAUUCAGGGGGUUUUCAUCAAGCAGUUUUAAAGUCAUGCACAACUGUAUGAUCUGUUGAAAUAUGGCCAGCUGCAUAUCUAAAUCAUAUUUGAUUUAACCAGCUCAGGAGAAAUAGCUUUGAAUAGCUUUAUGAAAACCUUCCUGUUGUAAAUUGGUCAGGGGUAAGUUCCACAAAGAAUUAUUCCGGACCAUAAGUUGCCCUUCUACUACUAAUUUGCUAUAUUGUUUGUUUCUUGCAAGAACUAACAUUAUAGGAAGACAUCAAAGCAUUAAAUUGGUUGGAUCUCUCUUGAGGGACAUAUACUUUCAGGAGUUGUCACAUUCACUUUUCAUGGAAUAACCCCCAAAACCGGUGAAGACUCAAUGUUUUACAAAGAUUAAGAUUUGACUGAUGUUGCACUUUAAUUCCCAGUUGCAUGUGGUACUCACGGCUUCAAUCGGAUCAGUCAUAGCGGGCUCAUUCUACUGUAUCCAUUGAUGGUCAGAACAUUAGAAUGGGAUCGCAAACAUUGGCCUGUUUCUUGCACCUAUUGAUUGCAGAACCUUGGCGUUUGAGACCCUUGCCCAUAUUCUGAACUCCAGUUUAACUUUAAUAAACCAUACUAAAAAUAUCUCACCAAAAUAUCCCAACCUUAUUUACAUCAAUGUUUCUUAUUUGAGGAUUUAGACAUACCUAAAGUUAAACCUGAAUUCAGAUAACAAGGCUCCAAGAUUAAUAAAAAUCUUGCCUAUUUGAUAUCCGUUGACCUCUAUACAAGGUUGUAUGUGUAUAUUUGUAGAUAUACCACAGAAUAUGUACACCUGUAUCAUCAUGUUUCAAAGCAGACAAAUGUACAUAUGAUGUAUAAAUCAACGUUUGUUAGAAUUGUCAGUGUGUUAUUGGAUCAUAUUUUAUGGUACUAUUUUUCAUGGGUCUUACAAUUGCAUAAAAUUUGCAUUGGGACAAAAUCCUGAAAAAUCAAACACAAGUUUAUUUUCUCACAUUUUUCAGCCAAUUAAAUGUGCACAAUUAGGACAUGCAUUUUGUAAAUUUUAGGAUUUUUUGACAAAUCAAGUUUUCAUGAUUCAUGCAAUAGCCUGCAGUACAUGGUUGUUUGAUCAUAUCUAUAUUUCUUUGAUAAAGUAUCUUAAACCUAAGUCUUGAAUAUUUCUAUUGCCAUUAUAGUUUCUGUACAGAGACAUGUCAUUGAUAUAUUAUGUUAUUCGAUGUAUUAUCUUUUCAGCAUAUGAGAGUAAAAUUGAAGUUAAAGUAAAAUGAAAGAUAUAUACACAUAA